GAACACACCAAUCUCGGUGCCAACUAUAAACCUUUCAUGGCUAACAACACCUUUUCUCUGUUGAUUUUAGAAUUCAAUCAUGCUGAAAGCAAGUAGGCUUUCAGCCAAUUUCAUAAGAACAAAUCCAUAUGCUUUUAUCAUAAAAUUAAUUGCUUAGGCACCAAGUGUGUGAUCAUACUGCACAGGCUUCUGUGUUCUCAUCCAACACAUCAUAUAGACUUCUACCAAGCUACUUCAGCUCAAAGAUGUUGAUCAUGGCCAGGUUGUGCAUCCCCUUUGAAGGUGCAAGGAAGAGGAAGAGAGGGGAGCAAAGCUUUGGGUUUGACUCGUUCUGUGACACAGGCAAUCCAACUCAUCUCACUGGCUCGUUCCAGGACAAACUUAAAGCCCUCCUCAUGUUUGCCCACCCUGAAGCUGUAGAACAAGGAGAGCUGCAGUGCCAUUCUUUUCAGCUCGAACUGCAUCGCCAUCCUCCCACAAGUGUUCGACUGUUUGUCUUGGAAGAGGACGUAGAAACAUCAACCUGCCGUCGAUGUCGCUACUGCGUCUCUGUUGGUACCAUCAAACUCCAGAUAUGAAUUCGCAUUCAGUUCUUUUCCACAACAUAAAUUAUUAGGUUCUAGGCAGAAUUUUCUCAGUGAUGAACUUUAUCCAAUAUAUACUUUUUAUGUGAUAUGCUGUCUCCUCGGGAGAUCGUCUGAGUAGGUUGGGGUCACCACAUUAUUUGCAGCAAGAGAUUUCACUUUGUCUUACCCACCAAAGACACUUUGUCGGAGGUGCAGAACAUAUGCCUGCACUCCAAUGUAGAGUGGUCAAAGAAACCUACAGCAGGAUCGAAGCUGGUGAACACAAACCGCUGUUUGUUGCAUGGAGUCCUGCAUUCCAAUGGUUUUGGGCAUCUGCUUCUCAUCAAUGGCUUUGAAGGUGGUUCUCAUUUCCUUUCCGGUCAUCGGAUUAUGGAUUUGUGGGACAGGAUAUGCACAGCAUUGCAAGUCAGGAAGAUAAGCGUAAUCGAUGCAUCAACGAAGGGUAAAAUGGAGCUCAGAUUGGUCCAUGGUGUAGCCUAUGGUGAGCCGUGGUUCGGUCGAUGGGGAUACAGGUUUGGUCAUGGAAGCUAUGGAGUCACUGAACAGAUGUAUCAACGCUCUGUGGAUGCCCUCCACGCCCUUUCUCUCCGUCUUCUGCUUCCUCAUCUCGCUUGCUUCGGUCGUGAAAUCCCAGUUAUGGUCGGCAAGUAUCAGUCGCUCUGCAACCAAGUGCUGCUCACCUUAGGCGACCUGUUCCGCUUCAUGAUCGAGUUGAAGACGCGCCUUCCGCCCAACUCCAUGGAUUACCAUGGAGCCAUCACUGAAGCGUCGUGCAGGUGGUCGACGAAAAGGGUGGAGAUGGCGGCUCGAGUAAUCGUGGAGCAGCUCAAGAACUCCGAGCUGAGGUGGGUCACGAGGCAGGAGAUCAGAGACGCUGCGAGGGCACACAUCGGCGACACGGGAUUGCUGGACUACGUCCUGAAAACGCUGGGAAAUCACAUUGUUGGCAACUACGUCGUUCGUCGCACCGUGAAUCCGAUCACCAAAGUGCUGGAGUACUGCUUGGAGGACAUAUCCAAUGUGUUCACUGGCCAUGACAACUUAGCUUCAGGUAACCAUUCCAAGUCGAGGAUCAGGUUGCAGCUCACCAGGGCGCAGCUGAUGAGAGACAUGUUCUACCUGUACAAGCACAUCCUGAAGGAGCCGAGCUCAGCAGCAGCCACCGGCAUGCUCGAUGCAAUUCCGGUAGCGGUAAGGAUGGUCAUGGACACUAAGCAAUUGGUCAAGGAGUAUCAACAGGGACCGCCACCUGAGAAGGCCGAAGGUAGCCAUGGGUACUUGAAGCUUUCGUGCAGCAUCCGCAUGAAUGGAGCCGAUGUGGAGAGAACGCCACCACAUGAACCCAUGGUUGUUCCUGCUCACGCGACCAUCGGCGAGCUGAAGAGGGAGGUGGGGAGACACUUCAGGGCGGUGUACUGGGGACUGAAGAGCUUCGUUGCAGACUCCAUCGUCGGUGUCAGGUGCAGGGACUCGGACUUGGUCCAUGAACUGAUGCAAUCAGGAAGCAGCAUCGUGGUAGAGGGGAGGAUGGAGGGGGAUGACGGAGAGGAGAUUUACGAGGGUGGAAACGGUCGUCAUAAGAUCGUGGAUUGCCUGUGUGGUGGAAAGGAGGAGGACGGAGAGCCGAUGAUCUGCUGCGACAUCUGUGAGGUUUGGCAGCACACACGCUGUGUGGGGAUUCCGGACGAGGAUGACGUCCCUCCGGUCUUCCUCUGUGGUCGAUGCGAGAACGACAUGCUUGCCUUGAGGAAUUUGACAUGACAUGCAA